GCGCUCUCUGCCGUGUCGGCCGAACAACGCGCCAAAGCUCAGAGCCAAAGCCCUGUGAAGGUGCAACUCCCGUCGGGCAUCGGCAGCCAUGGCUGGCAACCCGCAACUCGGCCGAGUCGGAGGAGAGGAUUCUCUCCCAGCUCCGAAUCGCCUCCCUGCGCCUCAGGCAAGCCUUGUUCAAAAUGGAGCAUCAAGCCGCAAGACGUUGCAUUGCAGCGUCCCUUGCAGAAAGGAUGAUGUGGCCCCAGUCGGGCUGGAUGCUGGCUUGUCUUCGGCUAUCCGUUGUCGCCGCCCAGGUGACGGUGACCUUCCGGCCGCAUUGGGUGCACGUUCUGCCUGGAAGAGCCACAGAACAAGCCGUGGUCUUGGAUGUCCUGGCGCCGGAGGUCACGGGUCGGCCACCGGCACAGGAACUGGCCCUUCUCCUGGACGUGUCGCUGUCCAUGGCAGAAGGGGGAAAGCUCGACCUGGCAAAGGCAGUGGCAGAGAGAAUCAUCCGCUCUCUAAGACCGGAAGACAGGAUCCAUCUGAUCUCCUGUCAGAGCUUCGCGAGACUCGAGUUCCAACACGGCAGCCUCGAGAUGAAGGAGCAGCUGCUUCAAAAACUGCGGCAGCUGUCUGCAAAGUCAGCCACGGCAACAAGACAAAUCGACGGCAGCCUUGUCGACCAGGACAUUAGCAACAUCAGUGAUGGACUGCGAUUCGCAGAGCAUAUCCUUGUGGGCGCGCUGGCCACGCCGCGCACCAACACGACCAGGAAGGCGAUGGUGUUCUCGGAUGGCCUCUUCACGGGGCCAUCUUCAAGAAAUGAUGCGUUCCUGGAUGCCAUCGCGGCGGCAAAGGUCGCUGGAUUCUCCACGUCCAUCGUCGGCCUCGGCGCGGGCCGAGCGAUGAACCGCUGGCUUCUCGAAGAGGCUGCGGAGGCGGGCCACGGGGAGUUCCUGGCCUUGUCCAGCCCUUCUUCCAUUGACAAGGCCGUCGCCAUGGCAGGGCCUGGGCACUACCCGACCUUCGCCUUCGAUGUAGAACUCCGCCUCGCAAUCUCCCACGGAGCGCGGCUGCUCCGCAGCUAUGGCCACAG